AUGACUAGCCAGAGAAAGUCGCACGUCUUCCGGGUGACAGGCCUGUUAAGGGAACUGCCUGAUAAGGAUCUCAAGACCGCAUUGCAAGAGGCACUCAACGACAACUUUACCGACGACGAGAAAUCGCAAAUCAAGAAUGAUAUUUCAAUAGUGCCUUCAUGCUAUGAAAGUAGCCACCAGAGAAUGGCUCUGGUGCAAUUUCGUGGCGGUGUGCCUCAGUUUCUCCAUGAGCUGAGAGUCAAUCCGCUUGGAGACUGGCAGAUCGAGAUGGGAGAAAAUGACAUCAACUUUGACUGCAACUUCUUUGGAUUUACCCAGCUCUACGCGCCGGAUGGAAACGAACCAGUGGCUAUAGAUAUUAUUGCAAUCGCCGGACUGGAUGGACAUGCGUAUGGAUCAUGGCAAGGAAGAGGAAACCUUGGUCGGAUGUGGCUCCGUGACUUCCUGUCGAAGGACCUUCCGCAGUGCCGCACCAUGAUCUACGGGUACAACUCUAAGCUGUCGAGCCACGGCGUCGAUACGAUCCUCGACUACGGGCGGGAGCUGAUGGAAGAGAUUAAAAAAAUUCGGAACACGGAGGAGCUCCAGCAGAGACCUCUAGUUUUCAUCGCACAUAGCUUUGGAGGCAUUAUUUUGGCUCAUUGCCUGGUGAGGGCCAUCCAGACCAUGGACGACGAUCACCCGGCGAUCAAGUCGCUGCAUCCAGCCACGUACGGCAUGAUCCUCUUUGCUAUCCCACAUAAAGGAUUAGUGAUGGACGAUAUCCAGCAGAUGCUAGCAGGGGAUAAGAGCCAUCCGCGAGAGCAACUAUUGCGGCAGAUUUCCAGCAAAUCAGACCUACUGACCCACCAGCUAGCCGACUUCAAAAAUCUGAUCCGGGACCGUAAGGUGGUCAGUUUCUAUGAGACAGAGCAGACGAGGCGGUUGGUAUUGGACUCAGAAAGCGGACGAUGGAAACGCACCGGGGAUUUUAUGACGACAGUUGGCACAGACUCGGCCCUCCUCCAGCUUCCCGACCAUGUCGAGGAGAAGGUGCCGCUACAUGCAGACCACUCGAUGGUGGUCAAAUUCGACACGCGCAAUGCGGCCGGGUACCAAACAGUGCUCGAUAGACUGCGCCAGUUCUCACAAGACGCGCCAUCGGUGGUGGCGGCUCGUUUUAUGCGACCUGAAACGCCACCGCCUCCUCUCUUGACUAUUCCGUUCCGUCGCGACCCAGAUUUUGUUGAUCGUGGAACGCUGGUUGAUCAGAUACAAGAAAAAGGCGCUACAGAAGGGGCUCGGAUAGCGCUUGUUGGCCUGGGUGGCGUAGGAAAAUCACAACUUGCGAUAGAAUAUUGUUAUCGAGUGCGAGAUCAAUCGCCCACAACGUGGGUUUUUUGGAUUCAUGCGAGCAAUGCAACUCGUUUCGAACAGAGUUGCCGGGAGAUCGCCGACCGAGCUAAGAUACAAGGUCGGCAGGAUCCCAAGACGAAUAUUUUCGAGGUGCUUAAUAAUUGGCUCAAUAACCCGAAGACUGGAAAAUGGGUUCUCGUUCUGGAUAAUCUCGACGACGAAGAAUUUCUCCAUACGGUACCUCCAGAACAUUCGUACGGCCUUGAGAAAGAUCAGAAGGGAGUACCAAGGCGAUCGAUCUGGUCUUAUUUUCAUCAAAGCUCAGUGGGUUGUAUCGUUAUGACAGGUCGCAGUAUACAAGUGGCCUUGAGAAUCGUCGAAGACUAUGAUAUCAUUCUAGUUGAACCGAUGGACAAGGCCCACGCUAUCUCACUAUUUGAGAAGAAGGCAGGGGCACAGCACAAUCGCGAAGUAACUGUGCAGCUGGUUGCGGCGCUUGAGUUUAUGCCACUUGCGAUCGUGCAGGCCGCAGCCUUCAUUAAACAACGAGCACCGCGAGAAUCAGUCACGCAGUAUUUGGAAAGAUUUCGGAACAGCGAUCGCCAGAAGAUGAAUCUUCUUGAUUAUGAAGGAGGCCGGCUUCGUCGGGACCCAGAAGCCAAGAACUCCAUCCUUGUGACCUGGCAGAUAUCAUUUGAGGAUAUUCAGGAAAGAAGGCCAUCAGCGGCAGGUCUCUUAUCUCUGAUGAGCUUCUUUGAUAGACAAGGGAUCCCUGAUAGUCUCCUACGAGAAGGCAAAAUAACAACAAGUCAUGGGGGAAACCUUUAUACGACAGACGAAGAAAGCGAUACAAGUGAGUUGGAAAACACUACGAGCGUAUCAAGCGAUGCCGAUCAGUUUGAGGACGAUAUAUUGAUGCUGAGAGAUUAUUCGCUGAUCUCUGAUAGCUCAGGUAAGGCGAGUUUCCAGAUGCAUCGACUGGUUCAACUGGCAAUGCAAAAAUGGCUGCAAGAUAAAGAGAAUUUGGAACACUGGAAAGAAAUUUAUAUCCGGAGACUUCACAAUACAUUUCCCGAAGCAAGAUUCGAGAACUGGAGAGAGUGCCAAAUGCUGUUUGCUCAUGUACAGCGCGCAAUUACGCAGCAGCCACAUGCAAAGCCCUCAUUGGAAGAAUGGGCAUCAUUACUUCACGAAGCAGCGUCGUUUUCAUGCACAAGGGGAAAUUUCUUUGAUAGUAAAAGAAUGGCGAAGAGCGCAAUGAACGCAAGGAAAGAGCUAUUUGGGGGCGAAAACAUUGGGGGAGAACUGAAGAAAGCUGAAAAACUCCAACUGCAGGCGAUGGAGACUUGCAAGCAGGCGAUGGAGACUUACAAGCAGGUAUUUGGGCCCGAGCAUUCCAAUACUAUGACCAUCAUGGCCAAUCUGGCAUCAACUUACUGGAACCAAGGGCGAUGGAAAGAAGCCGAAGAGCUCGAGCUACAGGUAGUAGAGUCUUGCAAGCAGAUGCUCGGGCUAGAGCACCCCUCUACUCUUAGUAGUAUGGGCAAUUUAGCAUCAACCUACCGGAAACAGGGGCGAUGGAAGGAAGCCGAGGAACUCGAGCUGCAGGCGAUGGAGUCUUGCAAGCAGGUGCUUGGGCCAGAGCAUCCGUCUACUAUAACCAGCAUGGGCAAUUUAGCAUCAACCUACCGGAACCAGGGGCGAUGGAAGGAAGCCGAAGAGCUCGAGCUACAGGCGAUAGAGUCUUAUAAGCAGGUUCUCGGACCAGAGCAUCCCAAUACUCUAAUGAGCAUGGCAAAUCUAGCAUCGACCUACAGAAAUCAGGGGCGAUGGAAGGAAGCUGAAGAGUUCGAGCUACAGGUGAUGAAGACAUAUAACCAGGUGCUUGGGCCAGAGCAUCCUCAUACUUUAAGUGCCAUGGCUAAUCUGGCAUCAACAUCUACCACAUCAGCACCCAGAUUUACGGAAACUAUCAGCGUUAUUAUCGAAUACAUCAUCAACACCGAGCUGAUCACCACAAUCUAUACGGAUACUAUUGGCUAUAUGAUGAUCGAAGCCGCAAGGAGCUCCUGGGAUCGCGAUAUAUUUUUAACAAACUAUGAACUUGACUGGUUUGCAAGCGGCAUAACACGAGACUUAUGUGGAGCAAGUUUCCAAUAUGCAGUUGGUUUCGGCACACCUACGCCCACAACAUGGUCUGGUAUACCGCGAAGUGUUAGCUUCGAAGACGCCGUCACAGUUGACUCAACCAAGUCCUACUCAGCUUGUCAUUACACCAAUACAGCGGCCCCGGACAUUGGCGAUGGUCUCGAGCUGGGUUGUGCCUAUACCAAUUAUGAAGUGGUGUACUGUAAUAAUCUAAUAGACACAUCGAUCAAGCCAAUCAUCAAAUGCAUCGACACAAAAACAUCAACUUCAGUCUCCACAUCUCUUUUGACGACGACAGAAACGAAAACCAUUACGGUAUGGUGA